AUGGAAGGGCAGCGGGCCUCACAGAUCAACCACGGCACCACCACCAUCACCACCACCGACACAGUCGACAACAACAACGACAACGACGUUGUCUCACCGCCACCAUCAUUGCCAUCACCACCAGGCCGUGCCCGCUAUGAAAACAUGUACAUCGUUCAAUUCCCAAAAGAUCAAGUCUACCGUGUUCCGCCGAGCGAGAAUGCAUUGAUCGUUGAACGUUACCGUAAUAUCCCAAAAACCAAGGAUGAAAAAAAACGACGCUUCUGUUGUUGCUGUUUUUCCCUUCGUUGCUUCCUCACCAUUGCUAUAAUCCUCAUUACAAUCUUUGCCAUUGUUGGAAUAGCAAUAGCUCUCUUGUUCCUCAUUUUUAACCCGGCCGGACCCACUUUCGCAAUCAACCAUUUUGAAUUAAAAAACGUUACCGGGCCACCGCAUUAUGAAAUAUCCUUGAGGGCAAAGAAUCCUAAUCAAAGGUUGGGAAUUAUUUACCAAAGUUCCGACGUUUCUUUGCUUUUCGAGGAUAAUGAGGUUGCCACUGGAAAAUUUCCUUCGUUGUCUGAACAAGGUAGACAAGCUAUGACACAGUUUAAGGCUGAUGUAACAGGAAAGCAUCCAUUGCCUAAAACGAAGAACACACCCUUGAAUCUUGAAUUGGAUAUGAAUCUUCGUGUGAGGAUGACGGCUUUGCGACUGAGGACGUGGAUUAUGAACGCUAACGUUGUUUGUAAGUUUAAGGUUACCAAUCUUGGGAGCGAUACGAGAAUCUUGUCGCAACGUUGUGACACAAAUUUCAGACAGCAUUGA